UGCUUGUCCAUCCAAAACAGUCCAUCCAGUCCAAAACUCUGCCCGCAUAACACUCGGAUUUUUGUCAAUUUUUUUUAGUGUUCUUAGUUGAAGAAAGUGCGUUUUGGCCAACAGGAAACAGGAAUCAGUGCAAUUCAUAUAGCCAUAAAGAACUGGCCGCCAGAACUCGCAGAUACCCUCGGACACUGGGAGGAGUAUUUGAUAUAUUUGGCAGUCGUUCUGAGCCAUCCCCACAUGGAGAGCAGCAACCCCGGGGAAAUCUGAAUCGGAAACUGAUGCCUUUAACGAAAACUACCAUUUAACUCGGAACACAGAAGCCCAUUCAGAAGAGUAGCCGCAUUUUCGUUGAGUGUGCCCACGUCGCACAUUCCGGCCAGAAGAUGGCGCUGCGCCUGCGUCGGGACGUCCAGAAGGCCUCCUACUAUGUCUGGUUCCUGGGCGCCGAGGAGGCGAAGGGAUUGCGGGGCGCCCGGGUGAUCAACUCGGUGCUGCCCUAUCUCGUCGACCGAUCCCGGGGCCAAGAGCCCCUCAAGGUCACCCUCCAGGUGUCCCACAAGGGCAUCAAGAUUGUCCAGGGGGCCUCGAAGCACCUGAUCCCCCACAGUGCCAUAACCAGCUCCGUGCAGACGGACGACAUCGUCGCCUGCGUCCUGCUCCUCUACAACCCGGCCACCAAGUGCCCGCUCCACGUCCACGCCUACCGCUGCGACUCGGAGACCACGGCGGAGGCGUUGCACCUACAGCUGCAGAUCCUCAUCAACCGGCCGGACAACCAGAAGCGCUUUGAGGAGCUGGAGACCAGGCUGGGAAUCCUUCCACCGAUCCCCAUGAACUCCAGUAACAGCCACGGGGGGGACAAGAGGCACGAAUCCAAUGCAAAGUCCUCCGGAGGGGGAGGACCCUCGUCCCAGCACCACCACCCACUGCAGUCACAACAGAGCGGCGGAGGAGAGUCCGCCCGCGGAGGAGGAACUGGGGGCUACCAGGGAAGGCGCCACGAGACGUCCUCUCCCAAGCGAUUCAGCAGCUCAUUGGGCAGCGACACGGGAAACAGCACCCGCGAGUCUGAGUGCAGUGACGGACAAGAGCAGGGUCUGGCAGGGUCCUCCCCUGUAUCCCGCUCCCCGCCGCACGGCAAGUCCCAGAGCCACGCCAACUCGCACGGACACGGGCAUCCACUGCUCCACCAUCCGCCCCUGACGCCGCAGCAGAACAGCGACCUCUUCGAUUCCCUGGCCGCCGAGCUGAGGGCCAAAUUGAACGGGAACGGACCGCCAUUGCUGUUGCCCCCGAGGGACUACGACACGGUGCAUCGCUCUAAGGGGAAUCUCACAGCCAUCGAGCUGCGGCGGUGCCGGAAUGCCCUCAUUGUGGGGGGCGCUCCCAAACCGGGUCAGCCUGGACAUCCAAACGUAGUUAAUCCUGGCGGAGGAGCAGCCGGAGGCGCCACAGGAGGAGCUGCUGCUGCGAAUGCCAACGGCAAGCAGGUCUCGUCGCGGGGAUCUUCGGGCAUUGGCUCUGACCUGGCACCAAGCCCGGAGCGCCAGGAACUCAACAGCUCCAGCGAUGACGAGCACUGGUCCAACGAGGCGGACAACUCGGUCAUUGCCCUGAAGCCUUCGCAGAUCGCCAUGCCCCACAACGGGCAGCUGAAGCGAAAGAGCGCCGUCCAACCUCCGGAGGACAGCUACCUGAGGGACUUGCCCGCCAAGCCGUAUCAGCCACGACAGACCGACAGGGAGCGGGAGAUCGAGCGCGAGAGGGAGCGGGAGAGGGACCGAGAGAGGGAGAGAGAGAGGGAGAGGGAGAGGGAGCGUGAGCGAGAACGAGAUCGAGAACGGGAGCGGGAACGCGAACGGGACAGAGAUCGGACCAAAACCCCAGCAUCCAUUUCGAACAAGUCCUGGAACCGCGAGGACGAGAUCAAACCCAUCAUUAUGCGUCCGGCUGACUACGAUGCCAAGUUUAACCGGGUCCUGCAGCAAGAGCAGCACCAGCACGCGGGACAGACCUCCGGCAAGCUACGGGACACGGACAAGUACAACGAGAUCAACCGGCUGCUGAACAAGAAGCUGUCGCACGAGAGGGAGCGCAAGUCCCGCUCCCGCCUGGAUGAUCCGCUCGACGACUUCGAGGACUCCGACCCGGAGCAGCUCCAGCCGAGCUCCUUGCACAGCCAUGGACUGGGACACGGCCACCACGGACACCUGGCCCACCGCAAGGAGAACCUCACCGACAAGCAGAAGUUCCUGGAGUACACCUCCAAGAAGCAGCAGCUCCUGAAGAACUACAGCGGGGACUCUCCGGACGGGCAGAGGUAUCGCCAGCGCUAUGUCGAGCCGGAGGAACCAGCUCCUCCGCCGCCACUGGCCGCGGGCCACAAUAAAUACGCCGCCGUUCACCGGGGCACGGAUUUGGGCCAGAGGACCACCGAGAGGAGGCACGCGGACAGGGAAAGAGAACGGGAGAGGGAGAGGGAGCGAGACAGGGAUCGUGAGCAGUCUCGGGACCGCAAUCCCUACCGAGAGGCAGAGAGUCUCCCGUACAUCCAGUCCAUGGAAAAGAUGAUGAAGUCAACGGGAAUGCGCUACGGCGAGGGAACUCCCAAGACCCGGGAAAGGGAGCGCGAGCGAGAGAGGGAGCGCGAGUUCGGACCACCACCCUCCCACGGCUCGCAGAGAGACCGCUUCCACGACGCCAAGGACAAAUUCCGAGCCAUGGAGCAGCGACCGCCUGUAAACCGCUACCCAGACGUGGAAGAGCGGGAAGUCCACAGCCGGGACCCCUACAGGUCCUCCUCCCGCAGGCGGCGUGGCUCAAUGGAGCCGCCGACCACCUACGAGCAGUGGAGCCAGGGCGAGGAGGAGGUGGAGGAAGUGGUGGGUCACGCCGACGUGGCCCCCAGUCGGUCUAGGGCGAGGUCGCGCGGCGAAUGGGAACCGGAGCCACAGCCCACACAGUCCACCCGGCACCUGGAGAGGAGUCACCGCGACAGAGACAGGGAGCGGGAGAGGGACAGGGACUACAAGCGGGAGCACUCCCGAGAUCCUUAUCGCCACGACAGAGAACGGGAGCGAGAGCGCGAGCGCGAGAGGGAAAGGGAAAGGGAACGAGAGCGGGAACGCGAACGAGAACGAGAACGUGAGCGUGAACGGGAAAGAGAUCGAGAUCGCGGACGUGCUCACUCUCGGGAAUACGUGGAAACAAAGAACUCCGGCCACCUGGAGCGCUACCCCUCCCCGGCAGGUGCAGGCCCGCCGCCCUCGAGGCCGGUGGGGGACUCCGGAGCGAGCAAUCCCGGAAAGCAGCAGCUGAACAGCAUGCCGAAGGGCUACAGACACAGCUACGCGGAGCCGGUGUUCGCCAGGUCCGGAGGACGGGUGGGUCUGGCAGCAGUUAACCCCUACUAGCCGUGGGGCGUACCAUACCAUACAUAUACUUAUAUAGAGCCGUGCAACGAAACCUAGUUUAUUGGACAAGACAUGUUACGGAGUGGCAGGAAUACUUGAAGAUUUCAGAACUCUCAGACCACAGGGCGACCCCUGUGGGGAAUGGCCAACUAUAAGCUCGUCAGCGCCAACUCGACCAAGCCGAAUCAAGAAGUGCUCAAAGAAACAUAUGUAGUUCUUAAGUUCUAGGAGUGUAGGACUGCAGCGAGAGGUUUCUGCCACAGGCCAAAUAACCAACGAAGAUUUAGGAUAAGGAGACCACAGUGGCAGCUGCCUACGACGACUCGACACAUACUCAAUUGCCGCAGCAAUGCGUUCUUAAUGUUCUAUGUACCCCUCCCCGCCCAAUCUGCGCCUUAAAUGGGGGAUUGGGGACUCCAAUCCGGCGCCAGCCCCUGUACUUAUGUGCCUUCAGAGAAAUCGUGUUAAGAGGACUUACCUUACUGUAUAGGAUUCCAUCGAAAAGGGUAAUCGGAUCUGAAUCGUCUCGGAACUUACCUGCUUUUUUUUGUAUUUUUUCUUUAAUAUCCGAAGUUGCGCGGUUGGUAGGUUCUAAUUAUUUUUUUUUGCUAUGCAGUUCACAUAUGCCCCGAUAUCUGAUAUCUGUAAACAUAAUAUAGUUAAAUAAUCGAACUAUAUGUAAACACAUACAUAGCCGAUGUAUCUAUUGUUAUCAAUUUGACAUUUGCAUUAAUAAAGCGCUAGUAAAAAUA